AUGGCAACUGAACCUCUCCGUGACAAUCUGGACACCGUCGCAGCAACCGACCAACCAUACGACGGUGAUUCCUCUUCCCAGCAGCAACUCGCCGUCUACAACUAUGACCUGAGAGAUCCACACUCCACAGUUCUUUCCCCAGCCAACCAAGAAAGCACAUGUGUGCUUGGUGGAGUCACCAGCCCUGGGUUGUGCAGGGUCAACAGCAGCCUUGGACAAACCCAAUUUCAGAUUGCUACAGGGGGCAGCCCUGAGCACCGCCGGAUCAGAUCAAAUGAUGCCCUUCACUACAUAAGCCACAUGCUGAUGGAUGACGUCGACGAGAGGGUCGACAUAUGCCAAGGGGAGGCUGCUCUCCAGGCUGCUGAGAAGCCAUUCCGUGACAUUCUUGGGGAGGUAUACGCGCCGGCUACUAACUGUCCGCCAAUGCAUAGCAACAACAAACCAGAAAACCCUGAUAAGAGUGGUACCAGCAGUUACAAGAGGCUCUGGAGCUCAAGCUUCAGUAAUAACUGUUCCAGUUACAGCGUGUUACAGCCCUUAACAAACCUGUUGAGUCCAUAUACCUGCAAUAGGAGUCUUUCUCUAAACAGUCCGUCGAUAAGUGUUGGACCGACUUCUAGAUCUAGUUUCCCUGCCUUCCAUUGUCAGAGAGAUGUCGAGGAGGCAACAAUGUUUGCUCCACGUAUUGGUAAGCUGGUGAUAUAUUUAGAGAAUGACAUACUUUCUAUUUCCAAACUGACUAUAAAGGAGACAGUAGGCCAGAGGAGCGAAAACUGGGAUAUCUUGGAAGCAAGGAGCAACAAACAUCUUGUCUUCACCACUUGUGCAAUAACUCGAAAUGAAAAUUUCGACCGAGUUCUGCUAUGCUAUGGUCGGAAGACUUUCGACCAAACAACAAGACUACAAGAAACGAUGGCGGAGAAAGGAAAUAAUAACUCAGUGAAAGGCCGGAGCAAAGGACGUCAGAAGCUAAGGGCUAGGAUGCAACCGAGGAAAGAGUUGGUUGAUCUCAGGACUCUCCUUAUCCAUUGCGCACAAGCUGUGGCAGAAGACAGCUACCUGUUGGCCAGUGAACUGCUAUUGAAGAUAAGACAACACUCUUCAGCAGAUGGUGAUUGCACUGAGAGACUGGCAUUUUACUUGGCGGAUGGCCUUGAGGCACGCUUGGCUGGGAGCAGGAGUCAGGUUUAUCGCACCCUCAUCGAGAGGCGAACAAGUCCCACAGAUUGGUUAGAGGCUUACAGCCUUUUUGUUGCAGCUUGCCCUUUUGUCAGGACGUCAUACUACUUUGCGAGCCAAGCUAUUCUUGAUGUCUCAAAAGGGCAACAAAGGGUGCACAUCAUUGAUUUUGGCAUCGGCUAUGGCUUUCAGUGGCCAUUAAUGAUUCAGAAGUUUGCACAGCAAGAAGAGGGAGCCCCCAAGCUUCGGAUCACAGGUAUAGACGUUUCUCAGCCAGGUUUUCGCCCCUGCGAAAUGAUCGAGGAGACAGGGAAACGGUUGGCUGAUUAUGCAAACAUGUUCAAGGUACCUUUUCAGUAUCAGGGCAUUGCCGCUGCAAGAUGGGACACCAUUAAAAUUGAGGAUCUUAACAUUGACGAGGAUGAAGUUCUCAUAAUCAACUGCAUAUUCCGGAUGAAGAAUCUUGGUCAUGAAACCGAUGGCAUAAAUAGUGCAAGGGACGAGGUGCUGAAAACUAUGAGGAGGAUGAACCCAAAGGUUUUUAUUUCUGGCACUGUGAACGUGUUACAUAGUUCUCCCUUCUUCAUACAACGAUUCAAAGAAGUUAUGCUCCAUUACUCUUCAGUGUUUGACAUGCUGGAUGCAAAUGUUCCAUGGGAUAAUGAGGCAAGAAAGAUGCUUGAGAGGAUCCCAUUUGGGCGGGAUGCCCUUAACAUAAUAGCAUGUGAGGAUGCAGAAAGGACUCAGAGGCCAGAAAGUUACAGGCAGUGGCAAGCAAGGUGCCUCAAGGCAGGGUUUCAGCAGCUUCCUGUCGAUCAAGCCAUCUUAAAGAACAUAGUACACAUGAAGAACUUACAUUAUCAUGAAGAAUUCUUCUCUGUCGAAGAUUGCGGCUGGCUGCUACAAGGAUGGAAAGGGAGAGUGAUGUAUGCUAUAUCUAAAUGGAAACCUGAUGAAAAAUAUGAUGGUCAGUAA